UAUACUCUGAACCGAUAAGUUGCAGAACAAUAGCAGAUCUGCAUUGAUAGAGGGAGUUUCCUCACUGGGAGAUCCCUGCAUUCAUGGAAUUAUAGAGCUGGCUGGAACAAGACAUGCUGGGUCAGGCAUUCGAAGAUGCUUUUGAGGUAAUGCAGCAACAUUCAGCUGGGGACCAUCAGUACUCCCCAGACUACAAAAAUUACUUGACUUUCCUCAAUCAUUAUCCUCAUCUCAGAGGAAAUCCCAACUGUUAUGGAGUACUCCCCACAGAAGAAACUGUCUAUAACUGGAGAACUGUUAUCAAUAGUACUGCUGACUUCUAUUUUGAAGGAAGCAUCCAUCAUGCUCUUCAGAAUAUGACUGAAAACCAGGGGGUGCAGACUGUUCCUGUCCAACAAAGAGGAGGAAAAGGGAGAAAGAAGCUCCGACUGUUUGAAUACCUUCAUGAGUCUUUGUGUGAUCCCGACAUGGCAUCCUGUAUCCAGUGGGUAGAUAAAUCAAAGGGGGUCUUUCAGUUUGUUUCCAAAAACAAAGAGAAACUUGCAGAACUUUGGGGAAGAAGAAAAGGCAAUCGUAAGACCAUGACUUACCAGAAAAUGGCCAGAGCCUUGAGGAACUAUGGAAGAACUGGAGAAAUCAUAAAAAUCCGCAGGAAGCUAACCUAUCAGUUCAGUGAGGUCAUCCUUCAGAGACUCUCCCCACCUUUGUUCUUGGGAAAAGAAGUGAUCUAUUCACAGUAUCUUCAACCUGACCAAGAACAGCUCAAUUUAAAUAAUUGGAAUGCCAAUUAUAAUUAUGUGUAUAGCAAUGACCGUGAUCUAAGUUACUCUGAUUGCUAGGACACAUGCUUGCCUUCCUUCUAUCCCCAUUACAGGGUUUUAUAGGCAUCGAAAAUUCCUAUAAGAUAAGGGCUUUCCUCUCAAAUCAAGACAAAAUUUAUCUAGUUUUGUUGUUGUUAUAUGUCGUAAUUAA